CUAUAAUGUUGCUACCAAAAUCACCACCAUGUGCUACUUCCUUUCGAUACAGUACAUUAGUUGUGGAAUUACUGAGCCCUAGGUAAACGGGAUGUCUUGCCUACCCAAGCUACAGGUUCAAAAUAUCCUCUGCAGUUAACGUCCUCAGACGGGCUUUUUUGUUAUCUUUCGACCUGAUUAAGAGUAGGCUACUGACCCGUCCCGUUGAGCCAAUCCAUCAAUCAGCGGUAAUGUUAUUCAUUUCGGACUGCGUCUGUCACAGUGAAGUAAGUCAGUGGCUGAACUCAUUACUCUUUUAACUACACGCUUUCUGAGCUCCAGGCUAUGAGUGCUGAUGUGGCGUCUGGUUUUAGUGGUGGUCUGCAAGUCUAGGGAUGACUUAUCCUCCGUGGCGACCUGAGUCUCUGUAAUGGAGAAUCCCAUUCUCCAGCGAAGCAACACCAAACUUGGUGACUUCACCUGGAACAGGGUGUCAGGGUGUAGUGUUGGCCUGAAGCCAGUCCCUCUGCAAAGCCUCUCAGAGUUGGAGAGGGUUCGCCUAAAGGACGUGGCGUUCAGGCGACUGCUUCGGGAUCGCGACCUUGGCUGCCACAUCACUAUCCCUAAAUAUGGCCACAAGCACAAGAGGUCACUAAGGCUGAAGUUGGAUGCACUAUCUAAGGAAAAGAGCAGAGACAAAGAGAAUUCGCCCCAGGCGUUGGGCAUACCGUUGUCUCAGGUCAUAUCCAACGACCGAUCACACAAGCGACGGCACGAUGCCCCGCGGGAGGAGCACAGUGACCCUUCUGAAUUGAUGCUAUCUUUCCUCCACCUUAACUCCAGCCUAAAAAGGGGAAACAGGGAUAUCUCCAGCAGCAAUUCGUCCCUCAGCUCUACUUCUGAGACCCCUAUUGAAUCACCUCUGCUCAGCACGCCAGACGCAGCCCCCCGGACACGCAGGAGGGGCGGAGUAUCUGUGGAUUGCAUCACUGAUCUAGAUGAUAACCAGUCUCGGCUCUUGGAGGCCCUUCAGCUCUCUCUGCCAGCGGAGCAAGGCGGCAACAGUAAAAAGCACCACGACAAGAAGCUCAGCCUCAACCCUAUCUACAGACAGGUGCCCAGGGUGGUGGAUCUCUGCUGCCAGCAUCUGGAGAAAUACGGCCUACAGACGGUGGGAAUUUUCCGCGUCGGGAGUUCAAAGAAGAGAGUACGACAGCUUCGCAAGGAGUUUGACCAGGGUUGGGAGGUACGGUUGGACGAGGAGCACAGUGUCCAUGUUGUAGCUGCGUUGCUGAAAGAGUUCCUCAGAGACAUGCCUGACCCACUGCUAACACGGGAACUUUACACAGCAUUCAUCAACACAAUGUUGCUGGAUUGUUCAGACCAAGAGAGUGCCAUCCAGCUGCUGAUUUUUCUGCUGCCUCCCUGUAACAGCGACACGCUGCAGCGCCUCCUCUGCUUGUUGUCUACUGUGGCUGCACAUGCUGAACACCGCCGUGAGAAUGACGGACAGGAGAUCACUGGAAACAAGAUGACAUCACUCAAUUUAGCAACCAUCUUCGGACCCAAUCUCCUCCACAAGCAAAAAAACUCAGACAAAGAGUUUGCUGUCCAGAGUUUUGCCCGCGCAGAAGAGAGCACAUCCAUCAUCGGUGUGGUCCAAAAGAUGAUCAAUACAUAUGAGACACUGUUUAUGGUUCCUGCUGACCUGCAGAACGAGGUGCUGAUAAGUGUGCAAGAAACGGAUCCUGAUGUAGUGGAUUACUUACUGCGGAGGAAGGCCUCUCAGUACUCCGAGCCAGGUCUUCUUAGAGAGUCUUUCUCUCUGACUGACAGGUGCUUAUCCAUUGACUCCAUCAAAGCGUCGAGUGGAGAGGUGUCUCCCUAUGACAACAACUCCCCUGUCCUGUCAGACCGACUGCUGUGUAAAUACCCAGAAGGCAGCAGUCCACCCACAGAGAGGAUCCCCAGACUCUCUGGGCAGUGCAAACGCUUCAGCUGUUCUAAAGAGGGAUCCGGCACCACUUCUCCUACGCUUUCUACUGAUAAAGAGGCCUCAUCUGAUAAUUUCUGGGACACCUGGCAUGAACUGUUCAGCAAGAAGUUUACUGGCCAUCAAACCACUGGCUCCCUCGGAGACGCUUCGGAUAGCGAGUCGUAUGGAUCUUCAGAGGGGCUGAGCAGUCACCAAGGUAACAACAAGCUGCCUGUCAGACCAGCACAAACCUCAUUGGGCGUGCUGGAAAUCAGGCCACACCUCCCGGUGACUCGCAGCAGCAGCAGCGGUCCUCAUGACCAGAGAGGACACAGACAACCUCAAUCACCAUUACAUCAGGGACUGAGCAGCCAAUCAGGAGCCCUCAGCUCAGACAACUUAGCAGAAAGGACAGGACGCCCUGCAUGUUCAUUUUUAAAGGUCAGGACGGAUGGUUUGUCUCCGCCUCACUACUCUGGAAAGCUGAGGGAGACGCAUAUUUCUUACUCCACACCCUCCCUCUUCACAUAUAAGCCUGACCCCCAGACCCCUCUGCUGCAGAGCCCUGCCCCCCAGACUGUAGACACUGCAGCUGCCUCUGGGCCUGGACUAGAAAAUGGCCCUGGCACACCAAACUGGCAGACGGAGAGGUGGCAUAUAUGGCAUAUUCUGUCAAAAGAAAAUGAAGAUGCACUGCCUGAAACCUUGGUGUAACGCCCCCCUUGACUAUGUUGAAUUAUAGUGAAUAACACUUGACAUUAAAGGGGUCAUUCUCCUGUCGCUGAAAGACUACUCUCUGCCUGUAUAAGCAGUAUUAGGUAUUAUGUUUUUGAUCACAAAUACAGUGAUGGAAUUUUACACCAAACACUCUCUUAGAUGUGAUGUCUUUCUGCAGGAGUGUUUAGCUGUAUACAUAUUCAUUUUAAUGUGUAUUUAUGAUAUAAAUGGUCCUUUCUGUACAUAUAUUUGUUUGCAGUUUAUGUGCUGUAGUCAUUAACACAGAUAAUUUGCAACAUAACCAUCAAAAGCUUUUAUUUAGACUUGAAUGUCAUCAUUAGACUUGAAUUAUAUUGUUGCUAAGGUCAUGAAUGUUUUUAAAGUGGAAUGUAAAAAUGGAGAUGUUGUUAUAAUGCUUUACAUUUGUAGUACUUUGAUAUGUACUGAAGCCACUGCUUGAACAGUUUUGUUACAGGCUCCAAAUAUAAUCUACUGACAUGUUGAAAUGCUGCAGGCUGCGUCCAUAUUACCUCCUAUGUAUGUAUGUAUCUAAUCUCACCCUCUGUAUACAUAUUUAUCCUUGCACCUUUAGGGGGGCCAUUGUGUAAAUAACAGUACAUAGAUUUAAUUCUAAAGGAUUAGUUUGUGCCAUUACUUAUAACUUUAGCCAAUUUUAUGCAUGUUGUUGUCUAUUGUUUGGAUUUGUAUUAAUACUCUAUUUUUAAAAUGGCCACAGUUUACACAGGAAGAUAAUUGCAAGCAAAGUGGAAAAUGAAUGUAAAACUCAACAGGGUUCAUGAUGGGCUCUUAUUAGGGGCCAUGCUUUCUGGUGCUAUGUAAGAAUAUAAUUUGUUCCUUUCCCCUUCAAAUUCAUUUAGGAAUUAGCAUGAAGUUAAAAUUAAAUGGCAACCAAAUGAUGUCUAAACUCCAAUUUAAUUAUCUCUAAACUCCAGAAACCUUAACAGGCCACAGGGGGGCAGUAGAAGACCAGGAGAUGGCUUUCUGUUUCCUUCAUUACACAUUGAACCAUUAUUAGUUUAGUAAGACACCUUUACAGACCAUUAUAGGGAUGGUGGAGAUGUAUUGCCACCAUUGAAGGGAACAUAUUAUUUUAACAACAGUAUUUUGUCUUUUGGUGAAUAACUGAUCUUAGCUGAGAAGAAAACAGUAACAUUUACAACUAAAUACACUUUAAAGUACUUACAUUGCUAUAAGUAACCACAAUAAG